CGCGCGCUUGUGUGUCAACACUAUGCAAAGCGCUGUUUAGACAGCUUUAUUCAGCCAUCUCGAGAGCUCAGGAAAGGAAGAGGCGCUAGUAUAAAUGCAGUAGUAAGCGUUCUCACUGUACAUGUACAAUUUUGUGGUGUCGGCAGAUCCUCGGUUGUGAACCCGCUGCCGGAGUGUUUCUGCCCCUUCAUGUGUCCGCCUACUGAAGUGGACAGACAGACUCUUGAAAUCCAGCACUUUCGCCAGCUUUUGCCUUCUGUGUCUUUACCGACAUGACCGAAUCCAGGCUGUGUGUUUCUCUGAGCUGCGUUUCUGAUUUGCGUUGGCUCACAAAUUCACAGUGAUAUAUUUUCCAGUACUGUGCUGAUGGCUUCUAAGCUGUUGGACAGACUUCGCCGAUCGCUGUUCAAAGAAGGAGAGCUCCAUAUGGACACAGGAGACACCAAUGAGUUUCCAGAAAGCUCAGAACUUGAGGACGAAACCGACAACGUCUCGUCCAGGCUCAGUGGGACGCUCUGCUUUGACGGCGAUGGUGUACUGGAUUCAGAAGACGCAGGUGAAACAUCUGGCCCAGACAGCGAUUCGGACUGCUUUGCAGAGUCUAUGGAUAUCGCCAGCGGCAGCACAGACAUAAGCCCUACCAGCCAGACCAUGAAAGGCUCCGGCAUGCUUACCCGACAGCUACAAGAGAGUUGGAGGAAUCUGCGCACUCGCUGUGUGAUAGAAAAGCUUCUUUUUGAAGUGACUGACGCCAGCGUUGUGCAAGAGGCAAACUCCAAAUAUGUGCUUUACACAAUCCAUGUCCUCCAGUCUGGCACAUUUGACAAGGCUCCUGCAGUCAUUGCACGUCGCUACACUGAUUUUGAGCGACUGCACCAUCUUCUGCGCAGGCAUCACAGAGAAGAGAUGGAUGGAGUCCAUUUUCCACGCAAAAAGCUGCGCCGGAACUUUACAGCCGAGACCAUUGGCAAGCGGAGCCGUGCAUUCGAGCAGUACCUCUCACAUUUGCACUCUCUGACCGAGGUGCGAGCUUCACCUUUAUUUAUAGAGUUCUUUUACCUGGGUGAACUGCGCAGCGGUCAAAGCCUGGUGCGCUCUGGUCUCUACGAGGAAGCGCUUGGUGUUCUGGUUAAUGCACUGCGCCUCCAGGAGAAACUGGAAUCGCCACACAAAUCUCACAGGCUUUUUACACUCUCUGCAGUGGCAAAUUGUUACCAGGAGCUAGAAAGGCUGAGCGAAGCACAGGAGCACUGCGAGCACGCCCUCAACAAACUGAUGCCCUCGAUGGAUAUGCAAAAGACACAGAAAAAGCAACUCCACCCACUACUAGUACCACUCCUGCAGACCAAUGUGCGGCUCUGUUGGAAGAUUUCCAAGGACAAGCGGCGCUGGGAGGCACUGCUGCAUGAAAUCCAGGAGCUUGGUGUUGAUGUUGAGAAUCAUCCUGAUUUGAAGGAGUUUGUAGUUAAAGAAAACAUAUUAGAAAAUGAGGGAUAGUUCAGGCCAAACCAACAUAGGGCAUUUAACACUGAUUAUAGUGACAGUCAUAAUGCACACAUAAGGGAUUCAUUAGUUAUUUAAUGAUGUUAUCAUGUUAUCCUAUGAACUCACACAUUUACACACAUAUUUUUACUAUAUCUUCAUACUUUUGUGCACAUUGACAUGUAUAAACAAUCCCUACACAAUAUGCAGUAAAUUUAAUAUUAAAAUAGUUUAAGCAGCCGCUUAGUAGAAAUAUAUUUUUAUAAAUAGUUUUAUUAGACCCAAAUAUUACUGGGUACAAUGUAAAAUAGAUAAUAUUACAGUUUUGAAUGCAUAUUUAUCAAAUACAUUAAGGGAAAUAUUUUGAUAGAGAUAUUUUUUCAUUAUAUUUUGAUAAAGUGUUUUUAGCCACUAUUUUACUAAUUUUACCCACACAUUUCAACUAUAGUCCUUCUUUACUGAAUAAAAGAUUAGAGAUUAAAUUUUAUUGUUUAAUGCUACAAAUGCUACAAUGCUUUUGUGUAUUUAUAUUUAGUAUUUAGAUAAAAAGAAUUUUGUUGAAGUAUGUUACUGCUUUUUUCACUUUAACAGGUCCGUUACUAUAGUGAAACCUGGCACAGUUCCCAAAUCUAUAAAUACUUGAUGGGUGUAAUGGACUUUGUUUUGCAAUUUCUGCAAUAUUUUAUGUAUGUACUGUACAUGUUUUAAAGAGUCAUUUUAAUUAACUUGCACAUAUGCACUACACUAUCCCCAACACCAAUAAUGUUGUUUGUUUUGUUUUUUAUAAAAUCACUGUAAAUUUUUAGAAAGGGAAUGAAACAUGGUAAAAUUGAUGCACUCUAUUUUAAACCACUUUCAGUUUACAGUAGACAUGUGAAUGAAUUCCCUUUCACACUAAUAAUAAAAUACAGUUUAUCUACAAA